AUGAACCGUUUCAGUCAACGCGUUAAGGCCCAGUUGUCGCGCGGCAAGGAUCCAAACAAGCCAAAGAAGAAUAAGGAUUCCAAAGAUGGAACCGCCUCGCCGUCAUCCUCGGGCUCGGGCCGCGACGCGAACCAAUCUCCUGUUCUGACCCCGACAUCCUCCACGUCCACACUCAACGAUAUCCGCAAUAAGCCUUUGCCCCCAAACACCACGGGCGGUGACCAUGGCGCACCCAAUCAGCCCUCCCACCUAGCCAACCAGCAAAAUGCAGGCCAGGACCGCUUUGGCGGCCUUCCACAGCCUGCUAAUGGGAGUAACACGCCUGUGCGACACGGUACUCUGCCUCCGACCGUCGUAAUUAGCCCUAGUGCGCCUCAUGUCCCUCCUCCCGGUGCCGCAGAGACCAUGCCCCACGACCUGGCGCCUCCCAAGGCCGGUGCCAAGUCGCUCAUGUUCGAUCGACUGCACCAGACGCCCAAGGACGUGCCCGAAGGCCUGAGAACGCCGAAGCGUCAACACUCGUCUCGCUUUGACAUCUCCGCCCACCGCGAGCUGGAGAAGUUGCCCGGUUUCCACGAAGUCCCCCCCAACCGAAGGCAAGACUUGUUCAUGCAAAAGAUUGAUCAGUGCAACGUCAUUUUCGACUUCAACGAUGCCAGCGGCGACAUGAAAUCCAAGGAGAUCAAGCGACUCGCCCUGCACGAGCUCCUCGAUUACGUCGCGAACAACCGCCAAGUCAUCACGGAGCCGAUGUAUCCUCGCGUCGUCGAGAUGUUCGCCAAGAACCUGUUCCGACCCAUCCCGCCACCCAUGAACCCCCAAGGCGAGGCAUUCGACCCGGAGGAAGACGAGCCUGUGCUCGAGGUUGCGUGGCCCCAUAUCCAGGUCGUCUACGAGUUCUUCUUGCGCUUCAUCGAGAGCCAGGACUUCAACACCAAUAUAGCCAAGGCCUACAUCGACCACGGUUUCGUCCUCUCGCUGCUCGAGCUGUUCGACUCGGAGGAUCCCCGGGAGAGGGAUUUCCUCAAGACCACCCUCCACCGCAUUUACGGCAAGUUUCUCAAUCUGCGGUCUUUCAUCCGCCGCUCCAUCAACAACGUCUUCUUCCAGUUCACUUAUGAGACGGAGCGUUUCAAUGGCAUCGCCGAGCUUCUCGAGAUUCUCGGCUCCAUCAUUAACGGCUUCGCCCUCCCAUUGAAGGAAGAGCACAAGACCUUCUUGACCCGCGUGUUGAUACCCCUACACAAGGUCAAGAGCUUGAGCAUGUACCACCCGCAACUUGCGUAUUGCAUUGUCCAAUUUCUUGAGAAGGACGCGUCCCUCACGGAAGAGGUCGUUCUCGGCUUGCUCCGUUACUGGCCAAAGACCAACAGCACGAAAGAGGUUAUGUUCCUCAACGAGGUCGAGGACAUCUUUGAGGUGAUGGAUCCCGCCGAGUUCGCCAAGGUCCAAGAACCCCUCUUCCACCAACUGGCCAAAUCCGUCGCUAGCCCCCAUUUUCAAGUCGCGGAACGUGCUCUCUAUUUCUGGAAUAACGAGUACUUUUGCAACCUGGUUAGCGACAACGUGGAGAUUAUCCUCCCGAUUAUGUUUGCGCCGCUCUUCGAAAACUCCAAGGGGCAUUGGAACAGGACAAUUCACGGCAUGGUCUACAACGCUAUGAAACUGUUCAUGGAGAUCAACCCCCAGCUGUUCGAUGACUGUUCUCACGAAUAUACCGAACACCAGAAGAACGCGGCGGCCAGACAGGCUGAACGAGAGAUGAAGUGGGCUGCACUCACGCAGCAAGCAGACAUGAGGCGACAGAUGAACGGCGCAGCAAACUCCUCGCUUACCAAGCUAGACGAGGAGGACGCCGCCGAAGACAACCAGAAGCGGCUGGAUUCGCUCAAGCUGAAGGAUGGGCGGCCAUCGACCCAUGAACGGCACGGAUCAGCAGGCUCUAGUCGAGGCCAGAGAUGA